AUGGGUAUUGCAAAUCACUUAGUCGCUAAUAGUUAUAAAUCAAAGACACACACGUACGGUGAACUGGUCUACACUAAGUGGCACGGGUUAAAAGUGGCAUAUGCAAAUAUGUGGCAACGAAAGAUUAAAAGCAUGCAGCCGCAGUUGCAGUCGCAAUCGCAGUCGCAGUCGCACUCACAGCUACAACCGGUGUCAUUGGAUACCUUCACCUUGUUGCAACUACGCCUAUUUCAGCUGCUUGGUCUGUGCUCUGUGCCGCUGCAAUCACAAGCUGACCUCGCCAUGGCCAACCCACGCCCACCAACUACCAUUAUACACUUGUGGACAAGCGUCAAUCACGAUUCGAUACUCUAUAAUAGCGAUAGUUUUGGCAUAUUUAAUGAUCUUCUCAAAUUCAUAGCAACAAUUAUUUCACAUUUCAUCAUACUUAGUGAAACGAUAAUACAAAGGCAAUAUAUGGAGCAAUUCCUUCUCGCCUACACACGGCUACAUAACAAAUGGAGUUCACAUACAUUUCGCCCGGAAUACGCCAUUUAUCGUAAAUACGUUUGGAGGAGUAGCAUCUGCAUUGUCAUAGUGAUCAUCAUCGAUUUGGCUUACAUUCAGGAGAUCUCCAAGAACCGUUCAUGGUUGGCCUUCUUUAUACCUUUCGUACCCAGUGGUCUCAUUUGUCAUCUCCGUUCGUUGCAAAUUAUGUACUUCAUGGAUAUGUUGCGCAUCGAAGUGAUGCAAUUGAAUAGGAAUGUGGAGCGUCUGGUGACAUUCAGCGAACGCCAUUGUGUAGAGAACUCUCAGCGGAGUGAGUAUUUUGUGCGCAUAGUAUGUGCUGAGCUGCAGAUCCUAAUGGAAUGCUAUCAGAAUAUAUACGAAUUGUCAAUGCUAUUGAAAAAGGCCGUGGGUAUAUCAUUAACUUGCAACUAUAUCAAAGAGUACGUGAUGAUUUUAUCCGAAUGUUAUUGGUCUUAUUGGAUGGUUUACAAUGGACAGGACGUUAUUGAAUACUCUUUGAUGACCCCAUCCGCGUUGACCAUCUUUCUCUUAUUAAUCACAUCACGAAAUUGUAUGCGUUCCACAAAUUUCCUCGCUCACAAUGUGCAUAAAAUCCGUCAUGACGUUGAAGAUCUAAACAUUUCAACUCGUCUACAAAGUUUUGCUUUGCAAAUAUCACAUCAGCGGAUCAUCAUGGAUGGCUUUGGUUUCUUCGUGCUGAAUUGUAAUAUGGCAAGAGAUAUACUAGGUUCAAUAGCCACUUAUAUGAUCUUCUUCAUACAAUUUAUGCCUAAAUUCAAAACUUUUUGA